AUGGCGCAAGUCAGCACCGCCGCCGCCGCCGCCGCCGACGGGCAGAGCAGCCAGAAACGGCGCAUUUUCCUCAACGCCUUCGACAUGUUCACGGUCGGCCACCAGUCGUUUGGACAGUGGCGGCGUGCCGGCGAUCGCUCUGCCGACAAGCGCAGGGAUCUUUCCUAUUGGACCGAUCUAGCCCGGCUGCUGGAGCGAGGCGACUUCAAUGCGCUCUUCCUGGCCGACACAUAUGGUGUCUACGAUACUUACAAGGGCUCGUCCGAGCCGGCCGUCCGGACGGGGGCCCAGUACCCCAUGGGGGAUCCAGUCAUCCCCGUCAGCGCCAUGGCGGCCGCGACCAAAAAUCUGGGGUUUGCCAUCACGACCUCGACAUCCUAUGAGGCACCUUAUAUCGUAGCCAAGCGCUUCUCGACCCUCGACCACUUGACCGGUGGUCGCUUUGGCUGGAACAUUGUCACGUCGUGGAAGGCUUCGGCUGCUAAAGCUGUCGGGCUGCCGUUGGUCGAGCAUGACGAGCGAUAUCAGAUUGCAGACGAAUAUCUUCGAGUCCUCUACAAGCUCUGGGAAGGAAGCUGGGCAGACGACGCCCUCAAGGAAGACCGCGAAGCUGGCAUCUACGCGGAUUUCAACCGCAUCAAGCCCGUCCAUCACCAUGGCAAGCGCUUCACCGUGGAUGGCCCGCAUAUCACGGAUCCGUCCCCGCAGCGGACGCCCUUUCUCUUCCAAGCGGGCACGUCGGCAGCGGGAGUAGCUUUCGGCGCCACCCACGCAGAGGCCAUCUUCGUCGCCGGCCCGUCGCCACACCUUCUGGCCGGCCGGGUCAAAAAGAUCCGCGAGGCUGUGGCAGAGGCAGGACGGGAUCCCCGCUCCGUCAAGAUCUUUGCCACCAUGACUCCCGUCCUCGGCCACACCGAGGAGGAGGCUAAGGAGAAGUACCAGGAAGCUCUCCGCUACGCCAACCAUGAGGCCGGCUUGGCCUUUUUCUCCGGCGGCACCGGCAUCGACCUCAGCAAGUUCGACCUGGACCAGGAAAUCAAGCCCGACGACGUCACUGUCGACGCCCGCGUCCAUUCCGCCCUCGAGACCUUGGCUUAUCGCGGCGACGACGUGCCCAAAUGGACUCCGCGCAACAUUGGCCGCUUGAUCUCUAUUGGCGCCAACGGUCCCGUCCCCAUCGGCUCGCCCUCUCAGGUCGCCGAUGUCCUGGAAGACUGGGUGAAGAUAGCCGAUCUGGACGGCUUCAACAUCGCCUAUGUCGUGGUCCCGGGCUCGUUUGAGGACGUCGUCGAGUUGCUGGUCCCCGAGCUCAGAAAACGGGGCAUCUACUCCCCGCCUGGCGAAAGUGGUACCAUGAGAGAGCGGGUGUACGGCCAAGGUCAAAAGCACUUGAGAGAUGACCAUGUCGGGGCCUCCUACCGCUAUGAUGUGUACGAUGGGCAGUAG